GCUAGCUUUGACCAAUUCGCAGCUCCCUCAUUCACCUCGACCAUUUCCAACCUCGCUGUCGCCGUCGCAUUCCGCAACCUUCGUCCACACCACCCAACCGCAAAGGCGGACUCUCUCUGCACGCAUCUCGAUUGCAUCGGCGACAGGACUGACCAACAAAGUUCAAGAUGCCAAAAUUCUUCUGCGACUACUGCGAUGUCUACCUCACGCACGACUCGAUGAGCGUGCGCAAGGCGCACAACACGGGCCGCAACCACCUCCGCAAUGUCGUCGAGUACUACCAACAGGUCGGACACGAGAAGGCACAGUCCGUCAUUGAUAGUAUCACGUCAUCCUAUGCUGCCGAAGGCCAGGCCCACAACAACCCCAUGCUGCCACAGAACCAGCCCGGCGCCACCCUUUGGCGCCUUUCCCGGAAUGCCCAUGCCUCCCUUCCCAGGCAUGCCGCCCCCGCCAGGAGCAUCGGGACCCGGCGGCGCGCCGCCCUCUUCGAUACCGCCGCCCUUCCCCGGCAUGAUCCCGCCUCCUUUUGCCGGCGGCCGCGGUGGCAUGCCGAUGCCGCCCUUCCCCGGCGGCGCAGCUGGAAUGCCGCCCAUGCCCCCCAACGGCAUCCCGUUCCCGCCCCCGCCAGGUGGCCUGCCGUUCCCCCCGCCUCCUGGAGCCCCCGGCGCAUUCCCCUUCCCGCCUCCAAUGCCUGGUGCCUCGCCAGGCGGCGCCCCUGGUGGCUUCCCGCCGAUGCCGCCGCCUUUCGGGCUUGGUCCACCUGGAGGAGGCAACGACAACAGAUGAACGUCGUGCCAGCGAUCAAAGGAAACGAAGAAUGGACACCAAAUCCCCAGAAAUUCCGCAAUCGGCAAAAGAAAAAAAAUCCCGGUUCAGCAACCUUGUGUCCCUUCAUGUAUCUACUCUACUGGCCCUCGAGCUGUUAUUUGGCUUUCUUUUUGUUUGGGCGGGACCAAAAAGGUGGGCACUGCGGUGGCGCAAAACGGGCGUUUCCGGUUACUUUGUUUUAUUUUAUUAUUACUACAUGGGGAUGGGGGGGGAUGUUCUCUCUACUCUCCUCCACCGUAGUUCUGGGUAGCCCUGGCGUCUUCUUCCACCCGGUCUAGUACAUCCGUGCGUGCGUGCGUGCGUGCGUGCGUGCGUGCGU